AUGGGAAUCAAACAACAGGACGUGUGUUACACUUCUUUAACAGAAAUAUCAUGGGAGGCUGAAACAAUGAUGCCUGGGGCGCCAUUUAUUCUUGCUAUUUCACUGCUAAGACAAGAUAGAGAUUUGGGUUUCGUAUACCCAGGUGAAACGCUUGUUUUGAACAUGGCGAGUUUCAUUGCUUUGCCACUCGAGAGUCUGCAUUACGUGUGGUACAUGGAAAAAGAUUCCGAAUUCGAUGCUUUGCCUAGCAACAUGAAGAGCAGUCCGUCCGGCAGUGUCUUGACCAUAUCGGAGCUGCGGAAAGAGCAGGAAGGCAUCAUGACAUGCGCAGUUUAUUCCAAUCUGGGUAUCCUGGUCGCGAAGAAACGAUUUCUCAUUAAAGAAUUAUCUUCAAACGACAUAUUGAUGAAUCCCACCAAUCGGAGCUAUUCUUUUCAAGGUAAAAGAAACUCUCAACACUCUAUAAUGAAACGGAGAAAACCUGAGGACGAUAUCGAGAAGUCUCUCAAGCAGUUACAGUUAGAAAAUUCUGGAUUGCCUACUACCAAAGAAGGCUUCGAGGUUGAUUACAAUACAGAUAGGGAAGAAUCUUCUUUUAUAGAUGAUUUGCUAGAAUCGCCACCAACUGAUGCUCAUACACUGUCAAAAUUAUUUGAUAAGGAAAGUUCAAAAUCAAAUAAGAAAACUGUUAAACUUCCUCCUCCUGCUUCUGCAGUGAAGAUGGAUGCAAUUGAACAAGAGAGGAAAAUUCGUCAGGAUUCAUUAGAAUUUAAUGAGGCUCAGCAGCAACAACAAGUACAGUAUCAACAACAAGUUCCGUAUUAUCCGCAACAGCAAGAGACCCAAUAUCAACAGCAACAAGAACCUCAAUACCAGCAGCAACAAGAAUCUCAGUAUCAGCAACAACAAUCACAGUCUCAGCAGUCUCAGUACGGACAACAGCAACAGCCACAGUAUGAACAACAGCAACAGCCACAGUACGAACAACAACAACCACAACCUCAGUACGAACAACAACAGCAAUAUGAACAACAACUGCAACAAUAUGAGCAACAACGGUUGCACCAAGAACAGCUAAGACAGCAUUAUGAGCAGCAUAGAUUGCAACAAGAACAGCAAAGACAGCAAUAUGAACAACAAUUACAAGAAUAUGAACAAAAAAGGUUGCAACAAGCGCAACAACAGCAGUAUGAGCAACAACGGUUGCAACAAGAACAACAACAACAGUAUGAGCAACAACGAUUGCAACAAGAGCAACAACAACAGUAUGAGCAACAACGGUUGCAACAAGAGCAGCAGCAACGAUUACAGCAAGAACAGCAACGACAAUAUGAGGAACAACAGCUUCAACAGCAACAACAACAACGAUUACAGCAAGAACAACAACAAUUGCAGCAAGAACAAAGGUUGCAACAGGAACAACAGCAAAGUUUACAACACGAAAGGCAAGAACGAUUGAAACAAAAACAAGAACAACGAUUACAGCAAGUACGAGUGCAAUUGAAACAAGAACAGGAACAACGAUUGAAACAAGAACAGGAACAACAGUUACAGCAAGAACAGAAACAGCGAUUGCAACAAGAACAACAACAACGGUUACUGCAAGAACAACAGCGAUUGAAACAAGAACAACAACGACUGCAAAAAGAACAGCAAGAACAGAAACGACGAUUGCAACAAGAGCAACAACGACAGUUACAGCAAAAAUUGAAACAAGGGUUGGAGAAGGACACAUCUUCUGAACAAAAAGAUCUUUCAGCAAUACAAAACUUAUCUCCAAGUCUCACAAAAUAUUCUAUGGGACAAAUCCAGCAACCCAAAGAAAACGAAUAUGUCAAGGACGAGAGUUUUCUUCAUAGACAAAGGCAUUCAACUGAAUUGAUUUCGCCGACCCAACAAAUGGCACGCCCUUUUGGUAAAGAAAAUUAUCCAUCGAAAGAUUUUCUGAAUAGGUCGCCUUCCUCAAAUUUUCCCGCUGAAAGAAAACCUAUGCCUUUCAACCAAAAAGAAUAUUCAUCACGGAAUAUGUCUCCUAGUGAUAAACAAUUUCUUGACAAGAAAACCAUGCCAUUCGGUCAAAAGGAAUUUUCAGUCCAAAACGUGCCUUCAGGGGAAGACGAUAUCUUGUCACCCGAAAUAUUUAUAGAAAAUAAAGAAAGUCGUCCUGAAGAUGACAUUUCUAAAAUAAUUUCUCGGUGCAAAAAUGACAGAGAAUGUGCAGGAAAUGCUGCGUGCAUCAAAAGCCAAGCCUCUGGAUUCUGUAGAUGUUUGCCUAAUUUUCAUGGAAAUGGGAUUUCUUGUUGGGAAGAUAUGGUACCCAGAAAAACAAGAACGUUUUCAGCCGUAGCAGUUCAGGAUAGAACUAAUACAGGCAUUCUAAAUUUCUAA